AUGAUACAUUUCUUUUUUAUUUUUUUUGUUAUACUAAUUAUUGUUCGUCUAAAAAUUAAUAAUUAACGUUCAAAAAAAAUAGGUGAAAUAAAAAAUUUCUUUUAAAAGUAUUUACCAAAAAGAGUGUUUUAUUUUAUAUUUAUCAAAGAAUAAGACCAUUAAAGAGCCUUAAAACGAUGGAUUAAUUUAAAAAAGAACAUCACUUUUUUAACAAAAUAAAAAGCUGAAUAAAUUAAAUUUAAUUGCGACCUUAUAAUUAGUAAAUAAGCAUCUAAAAUAUAAAAAAGUCCAUCAGAUAUGAAGCAGAUUUUUAAUAAACAAUAGAUUGAUGAUUUUACUUCUUUAAAUUAACUCUAACUAAUUUAAUUUUCAAAUCCUAGAGCUUCUUUUUCAAACAAUAACAGAAGCAAGUUUUUUAACUUUAAUAUAGAGAAAAAAGAGUCUGAAUAAUAAAGCUAUCAAUAAUAUGAUUAAGAUUUAUAAUCUUAACUGAGCAGUUAAGAUAUUUAAAAUAGCUGGUAAUAUAAUGAAUACCCAAAAGACUAAUAAUAAAAAAAUUAAAUAAUAAAUAUAGAUGGUAUGAAAUAAAAUAACUGUAUCAAAAAAUGA